UGAAUUGUCAUUUGUGUGUUGAGUUUCCACUUGUGCUCCGUUUCGUACGUGUAUUGUGGGUGGUGCGGUUGUCGUGUUGCUUGACUUUUUUUUAAUUUUCAACGCACAAACUGUAAAGCAGUAUAAUUAACAUCUACGAGUUAACGUGAAGCAGUGUCGUUUAAAUCUAUCAAAACAAUGUCGGAAUACUGGAUUAUCUCGGCGCCUGGCGACAAGACGUGCCAGCAAACCUUUGACACGAUGAACAACCUCACCAGCAAGCAACAUAAUCUAUGCAGCAACUACAAGUUCCAUAUACCCGAUCUCAAGGUUGGCACCUUGGAUCAGCUUGUCGGUCUGUCCGAUGAUCUGGGCAAACUGGAUACGUAUGUGGAGCAGAUCACCCGCAAGGUGGCCAUGUACUUGGGUGAGGUGCUCGAGGAUCAGCGCGACAAGCUGCAGGAGAAUCUGCAGGCCAACAACAGUCCUGGUCCACCCGAUGAAGUCAUGCCGUGUCGACACCACAACCGCCUGAAGCAUUUGAGCCUGCGACAUCAGCGUAAACACCAGCACACGCACCACCAAAACAAUCCCCUACACUACCAUCCACAUCAUCACCACCAGCUGCCCAUGGAUAUCAAGGCCGCCGCCAACAACAUUGCCUCAUCAGCCACAACCACCUACGCCUCUGCCUCUGCCUCCGCCUGCGCCUCAGCGUACGCCUCCGCAUCCACAUCAGCUAGAGCAAGUGCAUCGGCAUGUCCCGGCUGUCCGGCUGGCAUCGGUAUCGGCGGCAUCGGUAUCGGCGGCAUCGGCAUUGGCAGCGGCGGCAGCCUAAACAAUUUAUCCUCAACGCACGAUGAAUCGGAGCGUGAAUUUGACUUUGUGAUACCGCCUGGUUGUGCCUGCGAUGAAUGCUAUGCGCUAAGCAGCAGCAGCGUCUUUGCCCCGCCCAGCGCCAGCGCCACAGCGAGCACGCUGAUGGCCGAUGAAUGUUACUCCCAGACAGCUUCCUCCAUGCUGAAUGCCACGCGCUGUGCCAUCUCCACGGUAACCGCCAUUGCCACCGGCAGCAGCAUGUUGUGCAGCACAAGUGCUACUGCUGCUGCUGCUGCUGCUACAACUGUUGUUGAUGGCGCUUCUGCAGCUGCUGCAAGUGCAAACGCAGCGCCUGCCAAGACAAGCUCUGCCUCCACAUUAUGCUCGUCGGCUUACUUUUCAACAUCGGCGCCAACAGCGAGCAGCUCGGUGCACAGCAUGUCGCGCUCUAACAGCAAAAAGCUGAAUAACAACACUUGCAGCAUAAACAACAAUAACAACAACAACAACAACAGCAGCAGCAGCAGCAACAAGCUGAGCUUUCGCAGCACCAGCAGUCACAUUAGUCAAUUGCAUAUGCCACAAUCGCCGUCACCGAUGCCGUUGUCACCGCAUAAGCAACAGCAACAACAACAACACAAGCAACAACAAUCGCCAAAGCAGCAACUGCAACAACUACAGCUACAGGGGGGAACAGGAGUAGGAUUGGGAAUUGGAGGAACAGGAGCUGGAGGAGCAGAAUGCGGCGCAUUCUCGCCGCCAUUGCUAUCGCCAACAGAAAAGUCAUGUGACACGGACUUGGACUUGGAUGAGGAUCUCGAUGAUCCAAAGAGUCCGCAUAGCGCAUCGUCGCUUUCGGAGACAUUCGACUGGUGGUUCAAUAAACCGAAGCGUAACUCUAAGAAGUGCAGUGCACAGACACCCAGCAAACUGAUCCAACAACAACAACCACAACCACCAACAACACCAAUGACAUUUUGGCAUCAGACAUCGCCCACACCGCGCUCUAGUUAUCGCUCUUUCUUCAAUUCUCUUGCCGAUCAAAUUUAUAGCAAACGUUCUACACCGAGUCAAUUAAAUAUAAACAAUGGAUUUAAUUUAACACCAACUCAUAGAUCGUCUCCAGUGAGUAGUUGUUGUGGCAGUAGUAGCCAGGGGCGUUCCAGUCCAGACACGGAUCACGCUGAGCCGCCCGAAUUUCCGCUGAGUCCAGUGUACUGCUCACCAAAAUGUUGUUCUGCUGCGCAAAUAUCUCAUAGCCCACGAUUAACGCCGAAUUCCAUUAAGCUAAAUAAGACAAAACUCACACCAACACACACACACACACCACUAUACGCCAACACACACACACAGAAACGUUUUAUUUAUUUUUUGAAAAACAAUGCCAGUUACUUUAUUUUUAUUUUAGUUUUGUAUAUUUAGUUCUGAUUUGCCAUUAAGUGUCUAAACAUAAGCCUAAUUAUUAUACUGAACACUAGACAUACAAAAAUCAGCUAACAUUUUGUGCCGUUUAAAAUGUAACUCGUAUUACGAAAGGUACUCGUUAAUCCUUCAAAUUAUUCCAAUUAAGUUAUAUAGUUAUUCUAACCCACGAGUUUUAUUUGUUAGCACCCACUGUAACUGAAAAAUAAUU